GGUGUAGCAGGUGGGUGGAGGGCGGCAGGCUACAAAAUGAGAGAAUGAGCUGCGCUGGAGGAGCACAUGUGAGAGGCGCACCACAGGAGCCCGACGCGCUGCGAUAAUUAGCCGCGGAUAUAUUAACGGGAAUUACCGGAUUAUGAGGAUUUGAGAAGGAGAAGUCGCCAGAAUCCGGUGUCAUACAAGGCGAGGGAUUAAGUUAGGCGUCUUCACUCCUCCGGUCUGCCGUUAUGGGGAUAGACCGGCGGCGGAGAGCAUCGCUGGCUCUCACCUUGAACUUCCUCGCCUUGUUCCUGGCCGUGUCGGCGCUGACCACCAGCUACUGGUGCGAGGGGACGAGGAAAGUGGUGAAGCCGUUCUGCACCGGCCAGGUCACCACCAGGCAGUCGUUCUGCAUCAGGUUCAACAGCUCCAACAUCAACGACACGCGGCUGGUGCAGUACAUCUGGGAAACAGGGGAGGAUAAGUACGUGAUGCGGAAGUUUCACACCGGCAUCUGGUUCUCCUGCGAGCAGAACAUCAACAUGACCGGUGAAAAAUGCAGAAAUUUCAUUUAUGUUGCACCAUCAAAUGAAAGAGGAGUGCUGUGGCUGUGCAUUGUUGCGGAGUGCCUGUACAUCCUCCUGCUGGCCACUGGGGGCAUCCUCAUGUCCGUAGAAGUGUGUCACUUUGGCAAUGUCAUUGACGGCCUCAAGCUCAAUGCCUUCGCUGCCAUAUUCACUGUGCUCUCAGGUCUUCUCGGUAUGGUGGCCCACAUGAUGUUCACCACAGCCUUCCAGCUCACUGUCAGUCUGGGCCCAGAGGACUGGAAACCUCAAACAUGGGACUACAGCUGGUCAUACAUUUUGGCAUGGAGCUCCUUUACGGCCUGCAUGGCCUCCUCAGUCACCACCAUCAACCGCUACACUAAAACCAUCCUGGAGUUCAAGCACAAGCGCAGGAACAUUGAGAAGAACCUGAAGAUCAAGCAGAAGCUGUUGGAGCUGGACUCUCCGGAGCAGGUGUGGGAUAUGUACAUUAGCUCGGUGCCGAGUACUGCCGAGGAGCUGCUGGACCUUUCGUCCAACGGCCGCAAACUCUCUAACACCUCCAUCUUCUUGGACCUCAACGACCUUCCUGACCCACAGGGAGAGGAGUACUGCUAGACUAGCAGGGUGUAGCAUUUUUAACAUCACUAUGUUAUUGUCAUGUGUAGUGUAAUACAACAGUGUAAAUACUGUAAACAAAAUGAGACCAUGGUUGAGACCUGGUGAUACAAUGUGGCUAGCAUAUUAGCCAAAAGCAGACACAGAGCAACAUUACCAUUCAUUUAGAGUCAUAUUUGUGGCCGCCUGAUUAAUCCAAGUCAUGUACUUUACUUUUACCUCUCUUUUGGUCUUCACCAACUCAUGAGAAGUAUAACUGGGUCUUUAGCUUAUUAAAUAUUCAACUGUGCUCACCAGCAAGUUGGUAAUGGUUGAUGAAAGACCUGUAAAACCAAAAAAAUCCACUGAAAGAGGCUGGGAAGAUCUAUCGCGCUAAGAAGACCUUCAGAGUCGGUAAUAAAUUCUCUGACACUACAGUUGUUACAAAUUCUUAUUUGACUAUUGUUAUCAUAACAACACUGAGCAAUGUCUCCUGUUUUGGCUUACUCAUCUUUUGCAAAAAUCAAGGCAGUAUCUACCAUUCUGUCUAUCAUGGCCCAGUUUGGGGGAUAAAGAAACGUCAGCAGCCUGAAAUCUCAGCUUUAAGAUGUAGUUUUUGAUAAAUCAAAUAAAAUUAGGGGUAUAAAAUAUGCUUCAUAAUCCACACUGUUUUAGGACAGUGGCCUCUAACCUUUUUGAACCAUUUUUGAAUCAAAUGGCCUAGUUGGUGUACAAUGACUAAAAUAAAGAUUUUUAAAGAUUAGACUAUAAGACAAACAUUAGGAUAUUGUAAAACACGUGAUUUCUUCCAAAUAAUCUCUCUAUGUAUUUUAAACAUGCAAUAAUUCAGGGUUAUAUUUAUCCAGGCAAGCUAAAUUACUAGAAGUUCGCUAGUUAGCAACUCGUUGGCCAGCUAGGUUACUGUUGUUCUGGGCUGAUAGAAAGUGGUAAGAAGGAUGUAACACAAACAACAAAAAAUUCAAGGACAUUAUGACAAAAAUGCCCUUUUUAUAGAAACAAAGUUAUUGUCUGGCUCUUAAGUCAUUGCUUGCUAAAAAAUGCUAUGUGGCAUUAGCUACUUGGCAAAGAACUGGGAGAUACAUUUUUGUUUAUUUGUUUUGUUCUUUUUUAUUCAACCAUUUUAUAGUAACAGUACAAUGCUAAGCUUACUGCUAAGACAUUAUUGAAACUAAACCAAGCAAAAGAUAAUAAUUUUGUCACCGCAAUAUUUCUUAAAUAAUGGCUAGAGCAAUUUACAGUUAGCCUACUUUCUUCUCUUGUCGCUGUUGGUUAGCAGUCCAACAAAUUUCCUGCCAAAGCUAAUGUAAUUUCCUGCCAGACAGAUGUAAAUUGCAGCAGGUGACUGUUUGCAGUCUGCUCAGCAGUGGUCUCAGUUGUUUACAGUAACUAUACUAAUUUCUCAGAAUUGGUUAAGUUUACAUAAAAAUUAGUAUUUCACUUUUGAGCGCUGGUUUUGAUAAUAUUAAGGAUAUGGCAUAUACAUGAUUCUACAGUAUCCAGGUUUCUUAUCAUCUGCAUCCAGUUGUGUCUUCAUUUCUCACCAUCUCAGCCAUUAUGUGUUCUGUUACAACCAAUACAUUUCAGAAGCUAGGAUAAGGUUUUAUCACUAUUUUCUGAAACCAGGAUUAGAUGUGUUCAUGUACAAAAUGUAAACAGGAUACUUCUGGCUACCAUGAUGCUAAAAUGCUUCGUGUAGCACAUUUAAGGUCUACUUUCAAACCACAUAACAUGUUGCUGAGUCCACCAUAUUGGUUCUACAGUUGUAUUGCUAGGUUAUAAACAAUACUGCUAAGAAGGCUCACUGUCUGAAUCCUGUAAUUUAAAGAGAGAGUCAACCUAAGGAAAAAAAUAAAAGCCAAGUUGCUGUAGAUACACAUUGCUGGACAGCCCAGUGAUGAGGCCAACUACUGAUUGGAAUAUGGUCCAGGCACUGUACUUUGGAGAGAUGCUACCAUCCUACCCAACAUAUAAACCAAACAGAGUUAAGCUGUUCAAAACACACUCUGUCAAGCGUUAUUCCCUGUAGUACCACAUAAUUCAGCGUUUGUGAAGAAGCAGAGUGAAGAUCAAGGGACUGUAGCAACACAGGGUGGACCUGAGGAUUUUGCUCCUUUACCCACAGAGGAGCCACAAAUGGCAAGUAUGAAGGACAGCAGUUCCAUGGUUGGAGGAUGCCUAUAGGCCACACUGAGUGCCUUUAUUUCCAGCAGCAUGCCUCCGAUUGCACAGCAUGUUCUGUACUCAUGAUAUCUUAACAAGGGCAACGCUGUUUCUCCAACUAAUACCUGCUUUAGGGAAAAUAUGUAGCUGUCUGUGCAAACUGCCAAACUCACCAGAGGAGCACACCUCUCUCGAUGCUCUCUGUAUUAGUAUUUACUUGAUAAUGGGGUACUUUACUUGUAUUUAUAGAAAGACACAGACUUGUUGUUAUUUACAGUAAUUUUAAGUGCAUUUGAAAAUAUAUAUUUGUGUAUUUUAUUUUUUUGUUCAAUUCUUAGUGAAAUGUAAUGUCAAAGACUUUCCAAUAUAUUCUGCUUGAGUUUAAAUUCUAUUACAUCACCCUGGGUUGCACUAUAUGCCGAAGCAUGGAUUGCUGUGUCUUUACGUGUUUGUCAAGACUUAUUUACAGUGGCACUUUUUGUGUAGUGUUCCUUAGUUAUUUUUUGUGAGUAUUUAUUUGCAACCUAGUAUGUUAAUAUGAAUAAAACUAUUUCUAUGAGAAAUUUUAAUUUAAAGCUAAAUGAGGAGCAUAUAUCAUAAUAAAGAACUUGUUUUUA